UAGAAAAAGAAAUAAAAUGUUAUAAACGUGAAAAAUGGAAUGUCAACAAAGGAAGCACCGAUCAUUGAAAAUGAUCGUGUGAAGUAAAUUAUGUGGAGCCCACUGCCACUAUGCACACACAGUAACUUUCUCUUUUUACUUCUAUAUAAACGAUUGUUUCGAUCGAUUGUAAUGCGCACUUUUACACCAUUCUCUUCUUCCUCAUAUAACUUACUCUCUCUCUCGUUAUUAUACUUAUAUCAGUGUUCUUUUAUUUCUGCGGGUAUAAAAUUUCACUCUUAUUUAAAUUUUUCGAUACUAUAAAAUUGUAAGUUAUUUUAUAACACGUUAUCAGCACGAUCACUCUGCAAUUCGGUAAAGUUUAUAUGUAUCAUAUUUACCCUGCUAUAAUGGCCGGUAUACCGCCUAUAUUAUUGUUUAUUAUUUUAUAGUGUUUGUUUUAAUUCACUAUUAUUUAUCUAUAUUAAUGCGGGCGGUAUGUCGCCUCGUUAAUAAACCUUGAUUGUUAAUUACACCAUUAUCAUUUGGCUUGGCUGUGCCGCCGCAAAAUUUAUUCAAUAUUAAAAUAUAAAUUAAUCUAUCACCAUAAUACGAUUAAUAUUUAUUUGUGUAUUAUAUUAAUUUUAUUAUACAAAUGUUUGCUCACCUAUAAAAAAAAAAAAUAUAUAUAUAUAUAUAUAUAGUGAAAUUUACUAAAAUUGAUUGACUGAUUAUUACGAUAUUUUCAAACUGUUUUUCGAUUUAACGAUUCAACCCCAACGGUCACAAAGAAAAAAAUUCAAAAAUUUUACCUUUUUACAACGGCUAUGAACAGUAUUUUUACAUCUAUAAAUACAUUCAUACUUCACUCAUUUUCUUCAUCCAAACAUUUCAUUAUCUCUCAAAUAUUUUCAAAUCGCUCUCCUCCGGUUUUUCAUUCCAAGAAAGAUGAUUCGCGCGUUUUUGAUUUUAGUUGCAAUUCUAAUUUGUGUAUCUAUUUACGGUUUAUUCGUUGGAGAAUUUGCUCCGGGGGAAUUUACGAUGAAUAUCGGUUUACUUUUCUAUACAUUAUUUCUAUUUGUAAUUGCUUGCAUGAUUAAUGUAAACGGUUCAUUUUAAAUAUUAUAAAAUUCUAAUAAAAUUUACUAUUUUGUGUCUUGGAAAUUCAGAAAUGGCAAAUAUUGAAAAACUCCAGUUUCCGGCUUUGGAAAUAACUGGGGCAAAUUACACGGCAUGGAUAACUAAUAUGGAGCUUCAUCUAGACUCAGAGAAAAUACUCGAGACAAUAAAAGAAGGGAAUAAAUCAGCUUCUCACGAAAGAUCUAGGGCCGUAAUAUUUCUGAGAAAACACCUAGAUGAAAAUCUUACGCAUGACUAUGCGAGGGUAAAAGAUCCUCUAGAUCUUUGGAAAGCCCUAAAGGAGAGGUUUGAUAACCAGAAGAAAAUAACUCUUCCCCAUGCACUCGAUGAGUGGGCGAACCUACGAUUUCAAGAUUUUGAAAAGGUGGAAACGUACAAUUCCGCUAUAUUAAGGAUAGCGGCGCAAUUAGAAUAUUGCGGUAAGCCCGUAACGGAAGCAGAAAUGCUUGAGAAGACUUACCAAACGUUCCACAAAAACCAUUAUGUUCUACAAGAACAAUACAGAAACCGUGGAUACACGAGGUUCUCUGAACUCGCUGUAGCGCUCAUGAUAGCGGAGAAAAAUAAUGAACUCCUUAUCAAAAAUCACAAUACCCGACCCACGGGAACCAAAGCAUUUCCUGAGGUGAAUGCGACGGAUGUAAAAAAUCCGGAAAGAGGAAAUUUUUCCUAUCGUGGUCGUGGUCGUGGUCGUGGUCACGGUCGUGGUCGUGGCCAUCGAUUUAAUCGUGGUAAUGAAAGGAGUUACAACCCAAGAGGAAGGGGAUCCAACACAUGGAAUCGAUCCAAUCGUGGAAAAGGGAAUGAAGCCCAAGAAAACCCUACUCGUAAAAACGAGAACGUCUGUUACAGAUGUGGAUCGAAGGGGCAUUGGUCUCAAGUAUGCCGAACUCCUCAGCAUCUAUGUAAGUUGUACCAAGAAACCAUCAAAGGCAAAUCAAAGGAAGUUAAUCUCAAUGAGCACUUCGAGGGUACAACAUCUACAUACCUUGAGUCUUCUGACUUUAUGGACGAUGUCAACGAGGCCACUCAUCAAGAUAAUUAAAAUGCUUAUAGUAAU